ACCAGCAAAAAUUAAAAAGCGGGAACGGCGGAUGGACCGCAAGCAUCGGUCCACUCCUGCUUUGCAUUUGCAGCGAACGAAUUCAAUUCACGUGCUGCCACAUCCACCUUUAUCCACUAGGAGUAGCUUGCACCACACCACACAAAGGUGUAGGCAUCCGCAAGGAUCGAUCGACAUAGUAACCGGGAAGCAAGAAAGGAAGCAACCAUGUCGGAGGAAGCCGGCAGUCCGCAGCUGAGCCUGAGCGGGUUCAGCUCCCUCUUCUCCAUCUCCAGCGCCACCCAUCCUCCGCCCGCCGUACACCCUCACCACCUCGACCUGCCCUGCCUCUCCCUCAGCAUCGGCACCGCCGCCGGCGCCGGCGCUGGGGAGGACCAGGGGGUCAGCAGCAGCGGCGGGGACGACCAGGACACCACCGCCAGUGUCCGGAUGAUGAAGAACAGGGAGUCCGCGCUGCGCUCCAGGGCCAGGAAGAGGGCCUACGUGCAGGAGCUCGAGAAGGAGGUCCGCCGCCUCGUCGACGACAACCUCAAGCUCAAGAGGCAGUGCAAACAGCUCAAAGCGGAGAUGGCCGCGCUCGUCCAGCAGCAGCCAACCCACAGGUAGCAGCACAUCAGAAUCCCACACGGAAGAACCUCGUCCUCCUCCAAUCAGCCCUAGGUUUCUAGGCCAUCGCAUUUGCCAGCUGCAGCAAUGGAUCCGCAUCAGCAAUCAGGAAGAGCUUAAUUUUGUCCAUCUAGCCUAGCUAGCUCAUGGAUUUGUUCCAACUUAAUUACGAGUUCUACAUUGUGUUGUACCAUUUCGUAGUGCUACUCGGAUCUUGGAUUCUGUUAACUCGACCGGAAGUCUGAAAUGCCGCUAUGACUUAUGACAUGUUUUGUUGUUGGAAA